AAGUUUCCAAAUUCCAAUUAUUAUUCUUUGAAGUUUGAUCGCCAAAGAUCGAAUCAACAAUUUUUUACACGGCUAUAAAUCUCCCAAUCUGUCCCACAUCUAGGGUUUCUGUCCCUUUGAUUUUUAAUCUUGCGCUCCUUCCCCACUCUUUCUACCUUCAUUGAUGGAGCCCAGGCCUGAGGUACGCUUUAUCAAUUCAUACUAUGGUUAAUUGAGUUCCCCAUCCAGUUUGUUUCAUUUGAGUCGAUUUCCGCUUUGUAUUUUUUGGUUUCGAGUUUCUUUUGGGAGGAACUGGAUUGAAUUGGGAGAGAAUUGAUCGGAGUUGAAUUUCAUUGGGAAGUUGUUGAUUUUUCUUCUGGAGAAUCUUCGUAUGAUUGUGAUCCUGUGAGCUGGGAUUAUGGUUGCUUGUUCUCGAUCUUGAUCUGAACAAAGUUUGGGGAUUUUCGUCAUCAAUUAAAUAAUAUAUGCGAGUUGGAUUUAGUAGUUUUACUGGAGAUGAAUCCGGAAAGUGGGUGUUCGGUACUUGAUUCAGUGAAAGAUAGUGAAGGAAGUAGGAAUGGCUCGGUGUUGGGGAAAUUGGGUGGUAUUGAUGAAUCUAAGGAUCAUGAGAAUGGAUCUUGUGAGGUCGAAAGUAAUGAUAAUAAAGAAUUGCUGUCCCAUGUUAAGGGAAAGGAAACUGAAGUUUCAAGGGCAUUAAGUUCACCUCCUGAGGAGAUGAAAUCUGAAGGGCCUCUGGAGUCGGUGAGUUCUCCUCAUGAGGUGACGAAAACUGAACCGUCUCCCUCGCCAACAACGAGCAAAGGAAAUGGCUUGAGGAAGUGGAGAAGGAUCAGGAGGGAUGCCAGUAAGGGUGGGGAGAGUAGCUUGGAUACUGGCAAGAUGGCAAUUCAGGAGUCGUCAAAUUCAGCUGCACAUCCAAGUAAGCGCCCACAAGUUUAUGCUGAGAGACAGCAAAAGACUGAGGAUUCUGUUUCAUCCGUACCUCCUAUGGUUGGAGGCUUGGAUAUUUUUGCCCUGCUUGGUGAUUCUGGCUUGGCACUGGAGCCGUCAGUUGAUGCUGGAACCGAUUCAGAGAAUAGUGAGGAUCGUAGUAGCAAGUCCUCUACUGCAGCCAGCAUUCCAAAGAUAAAAUAUGAGAUACCAAUGGUUAUGGGAUUUCCCCAUGAUAAGAGCGGAAUGAGGAGUACGAGUGGGAAAAACUUGACUCACUCAGUACAGCGCAGUCAGCAGGGGAAGGGGCGGAUUGAGGCCAUUAAAAAGGCUAGAGGAGAGCGGGCUAAGCUUGAGAAGGAAAAUUCUCAUUCCAGCGUGGAAAGUGAUUCGCGUAGCUCCAGCUUUGUAUUUAUGCAGGGAAAGUACGCCAACAGUAAUGGUAUACUAAGUGAAAGGCCAGUUCUUCAUGAUGGAGAAAAUGGUGAUGAAGUUCAGGGUAGUGAAAGGCAAGUUAACGAUGGACUUCAAGGUGGAUACACCAGAGAUGAUGAAGGAGGAUAUGAAGACACCUCACCUGGACAUGCAGUUGCUAACUCAUCUUGGGAGGUUAAGAAAGAAAGAAGCAACAACCACGGUGACUCUUCAGAUAAGGAUCCUCUAGCUGAAUCUAUCUCUGUACUCCAAGCUGCCCAAGAUGCACUAGAAAAAGAGGUGCUGAAAUUUAAGGAAAUCAUUAGUGAUGCAUCGGGUGAUGAUGCGGUUUUAGAUACCCACCCUGGGUCUAAGGACGUGGAACAAAAACUACAAGAAACAUGCUCUGAGCAGUUCCCAUCUGGUGAGGGUGUCCCGAGCUUUCCCCGCACUGUACAAUCUGAGGUGGUAGACACAGCAAACAGAGAUGUGGAAACAGAACUGGAUUACCUAUUUAUGCAAAAGAUUGAAGCUGAAGUAGAGCAUUUGGCAAUAUCCACAAUGGUUCAAAAGCUGAGGCUUGCUGCUGUGGAUCAAAUUACUAUUUUGAAAGAACAAAAGGCACUGGUUUCAGAGCAAACCCAAAUACUUGACAAGCUUGGAGAUACCAGAAACAAGGCCGCAACGAGUAAGAAAGAGUCCGAGAAAUUGGAAAAUUUUUGUGAAGAUGUUGCAAGUGCUGAUGAAACAUUGAGGCUGCGCAAGAAGGUGCGUAAGUACACUUCAUAUUUUCUCGUGCAGCUAUUGACGUUGAUAGUCAUCUUAGGCGUCUUUGUACUGCAGUCACCAUCAAAUAAUAGGGGGGUUGUUCCCACCUAGUUUUGAGAAGAGCCUUCCUUUUCAUUUCCUCCCUUUGUGAUGCUUCCAUUCUUGAAUGAAAUGUUUAGCUGUUCAUUACUUAUUUUCUUUCAGAAGGUAGAUAUAUAGAUCAAAAGCUCGAGUCUUAGCUCCUUUUGUAAGGGAAUUUUUGGUUUGUAAAAUAGCUGAUUCUGCUGUAUUUAUUUAUAAAAUUCUCAUACCUUAAUAUU